AUGGGUAGUUCACCUAGUCAUAUUGCAGCGAACACUCGUUUCACAAAUCCUUCGUGGUAUGAAGGACAAAAUGAUGAAGAAGGUGAAUUAAAAAUUUGGUCCAUACGAAUUGGUUCAGUGCUUGGUCUUGGCGCACGUCAUUGUCUUGUUAUGGAUGGAUGUUAUCCUGGCAAAAAAGUAUGUUUCGAAUGGACAAUAAUCAAUGAUGAAAGCACUUUUGCUCAUUAUGCAACACAACACAUCUAUGGUCAACAAUGUAUUAGUUUGGGUCGGUAUAAACUUUCAGAAGUUUAUGAGGCAUGUUGCGAAGCGACACAUACUGACUUAAAGUAUUCAUCUAGUAAUAAUUGUAACCAUUGGGUAAACCGUGCAUGUUCAAAUCUUGGUUGGAAAGUUAAUUGUCAAUGGAAUUGUCGCUGUAUUUUGUGA